AUGGUCCUGCUGACACUGACUCCUGCUGCUAAAUCUGCCGUCGAGCUUUACAACCAACUGUCAGAUCAGAACCAGCAUGACUCGUCGAGCGACCCCUCCCUGAGCGAGCCCACCAUCGGCGCUCCUGUAUCUCAUGCACAGCUGAUUGAAGUCGCGCGCUUGCUGCGUACAAGUCAUCUACCCAACAAGAAUGACUUUCGACUUGAUACUCUGCUCAAGGGGGCAAACAUCUAUGUGCCCCCUCCCAAGCCGAAGCCCCAGCCAGUAUGCACANUCCCGAUCNUCCAUCCUUCAAACUCGCAGUUCACUGACAUCAAUGAACUAGNNACUGCCGAAUACACUGCCCUGAUGGCUCGUCUCCGUAGGGAAGAGGAGAAUAUCGCAUACCAACGCUUGAUCAACCCUACUUCAUCCAUACCCGAGACGGCCCGCAUUCGAGUAGAGGACGAAGACGACGAAGUGACCUACACAGACGUCAAUCGCCAACUAGCACUCAUCAUCAACGUCCUCGUCUCCAUCAUCGCCUGUAGUGUCGCCAUCUGGAUUGCCGCCCGUCACUGGAGCGUCCCACAAAGAAUGGCCCUGAGCAUGUUUGGCAGUGGCACUGUUGCUUUUGCCGAAGUCGCCAUCUACAUGGGUUACAUACGGCGUAUCAAGGAUGCAAAACAAACAGAGGGGAAGAAGGUUGAAACAAAACAAGUCGUCGAGACUUGGGUCAUUGAGAAGAAGGAUCCUAAAAAGGAACAUGAACUCAGGCAGAGAAAAGGCGGCAAGCAUAGAUAG